GCUCCGAGCCCGGCUCCGCUGCGCCGCUCCGCGCCCGCGGGCAGCGCCGGGGCCGCGGCACCGCACCAUGCGGAGCCUGCGCGGAGCCCCGCCGCCGCUGCUGAUGCUGCCGGUGCUGCUGCUGCUGCUGCUGCUGCCCGCGGGGCACGGAGCCGUCAUCACCGGGGCCUGCGAGCGGGACCAGCAGUGCGGGAGGGGGAUGUGCUGCGCCGUCAGCCUCUGGAUCCGCAGCCUGAGGAUGUGCACCCCGAUGGGAAACCUGGGAGAUGAGUGCCACCCCCUGAGCCACAGGGUGCCCUUCUCCGGGCGGAGGAUGCACCACACCUGCCCGUGCCUCCCGGGCCUGGCCUGCCUCAGGACUCCUCACAGCAGAUUCAGGUGUUUACCAGACUUCAGAAAAGAAGACGUCUUUUUUUAGCAGGAACUGUUCUGCACUAGAAAGAGCCGCUCAGUAUUUUCGUUCUCUCGUUGUUGUGACAAAAAAAAAAAGGGAACUUGCCAGGGGAAACCCUUCACCACACUUUCCUGCCUCACCAACAUCAGCUGGAGACGAGACACUGCUGCUGUGGCCAAGGUUUUCAGGAGGGACUCGCAGUGGAGGAUGAUUUCAUUUUGGGGUAGCCAAACAACAUUUACUAGAGCAAAACUCUUUCUGAGGGCAGGGGCUGUACCAUUCCUGAAUCAUUUUGUGGGCUUCAUGGUUCUAGUUUAACCCCAGAAUGAAAAAAUCCAAGUUUAUUGCCAGUUUUGGAAAAAUUUGGCCACAUCUUUACACUUUGGAAUACCUGAAGUGAACUGAGAGUUGGAUAACUGCAUAGUGUGAAGCAUAUGACAAUUGCCAAAAGAACUGUAUUUAUAUUGCAUUUCAUAUCUUUAUUAAUAUAAUUUUAUUUGUAAGUUAGGCGCACCUCUAGGGUAAAGGUUUAACCAAUAGAUGUAGUUUUUACACUUUUAAAAAGUGGCAAGUGUAAACAAAACAUUUCAGUAUUCAGAGCAUUAAAAGAUUUUGUUAUUUUAGUGUUCUAAGAUGAGAAGUUGUUGUUACUUGAAUUGGUGUAAAACUACCUGGUCAUCUCAAACUAUGUAUUAAGAUGUAGUUUAUAUUAAAGAAAAAAGGAACCCUGAAGUUUAUUGUAAUGGGCUGCCUGACUUCUUGUAUAUGUAUCAAAUUUGCUGUGCAAAAAUUCUGUAUCAGAAUAAUGGCAGUGUAUGAUUUGAUUUAUUUUAAUAUUAUAACAUUAUUUUGUCA